UUCCGGACCAUGUUCGUUUUAUCAGUUUAAGUACCUCAGGCUAAGAUCACACUGAUUGCUGAAAAUUUUUUUUUAGUUGAAUGAUAAGAUAUAAUUAUUAUAACAUCACAUAGUAGCGACAUCGGUUUCCGAAAAUUAAAGAAAUUUCUGUCGAUAUGAACGAAAACGUGGAAAAUAGUGAUACAGUGCACGCAAGGAAGUCUUUGUAUAUGAGGAUAGCUCCUGUUGUUGACACCUACGAUGACGUGAUAAAGAACAAAUUACAAAGCGGGAAAUUUCCAUUUACAAGACCGGGAGUAAUAAAAGUUGUAGCUAUGUUAUGUUUGAUUGCCAGCUUAGGAUUAUUUUUGGGAACCUCCUUAUGCGACGAAACUUCUAAAUGGUAUCCUUUUUUCUUACCUUCUGUUGAGACUUGUGCAAUAGCAACCUUAUCAGUUCUCUAUGUCAUUUUUGCAUCAGGUUGUACAACCAAUCAUCCGGCAUUCUGGGUUAAGCUUGACAUAACUCUCAACCUGUUCCUGGCUGUAGUUGGAAUCGUAUCGAUUGUAACGAGUAUGUGCGAUUGCGGAAAAGGUGACUUUUCACAAGUGAUCAUCGGGGUUGUUGGCAUUUGCGGAUACCUGACAUCUGUGAUUGGAUGUAUUUCUAUAUUCCUGAUGUACAGAUUUGUCGAUGACAAACCAAGAUCGCAACCCGAUAGACCAACACAGUUUCGUAAAUCAGUCUUUGCUUAGCGCUCCACGAAAAGAAUCUGAAUAUUGUGUUAAAAAGUACCACUGAACAAAACAUGACAUUUAAAUGAACAAAAAUGUAUUGUAUCGUACUUUUAUAGGUGGUUGUCCCACCGGAAGUGCCCGGUACAGCCGGAAACGUACUCGCUUAUUUCAAAUAAAACACCUGUUUUCCAAUGUAUUUUCAAAUUGUACGUUGAUUUAAUGCAGUGUACCAAAACCUAUUGUUGAGUUGUUUUCGAGUUAUGGACAGUUUGAAAAAAAAUGACAUAUGAAGACUUUAAAGAAACUGUAGGAUAGGGAGCACUUGCACAAACUCAUUUCAUGAAAUUUGUUACCGAAAAAAUAUUUUAUGUCAUAUUUUAUUGUUAACAUUAAGUUCAAAUGAUAGAUCAAAGUUAGAUUUCCGAAAAAGGCAAGAAGUCGAUUUUUUCAGAUACAUAUUCAACCCGUAGUGAGAAAAAAUAGAAGGUGUAUUCGGAAAGUUCCCUAUAUCUAAAUUAUACCAUUCUUAAGAUAUUCCGAAAUAAAACGUUGCGUGAAAGCAAAUUACCUAAAUAUCAA